AUGUACUUUCAUGCACCAAAGUUGAGUCUCAAAGAAGCCCAGGAAACAAAAUGGAAGCAAGCAAGCAGGGCAAAGAGCAGAAUGGUGAACAGCUGACUGCUGAAACCCCUAUCCCUCUUCUCACUCCUUACAAGAUGGGCAACUUUGGUCUUUCUCACAGAGUAGUUUUGGCACCCUUAACUAGACAAAGAUCUUACAACAACGUGCCUCAACCACAUGCCAUCUUAUAUUAUUCUCAGAGAACAAGCAAAGGAGGACUUCUCAUAUCUGAAGCCACAGGGGUUUCUGACACUGCUCAAGGGUACCCAGAUACGCCUGGCAUUUGGACAAAGGAACAGGUGGACGCCUGGAAACCCAUUGUGGAUGCUGUUCAUGCAAAAGGUGGCAUUUUCUUUUGCCAGAUUUGGCAUGUAGGAAGGGUAUCCAACUAUGGUUUUCAGCCAAAUGGACAAGCUCCAAUCUCUUCUACAGACAAGCCACUGAAGCCACAAAUUCGAAGCAAUGGCAUUGACACAGCCGAUUUCUCACCACCUCGACGCUUGAAGACCAGUGAAAUUCCUGAAAUUGUUAAUGAUUUCAGGGUUGCUGCAAGGAAUGCUAUGGAAGCUGGUUUUGAUGGAGUUGAAAUCCAUGGUGCUCAUGGUUACCUGCUUGACCAAUUCAUGAAAGAUGAAGUCAAUGACAGAAACGAUCAGUAUGGUGGGAGCCUGGAAAACCGUUGUCGCUUCCCUCUAGAAGUGGUUGAGGCCAUUGUUGAUGAGAUAGGAGCUGAUAAAGUUGGGAUAAGGCUAUCUCCUUUUGGCAGCCAUUCGGAUUCAGGGGACUCAGACCCAGAUGCCCUGGGCCUUUACAUGGCUGAGGCCCUUAACAAAUUUGGGAUUCUGUACUGCCACGUAGUUGAGCCAAGGAUAAAGAACGCUGAACAGAAUUGUGAAAGUCCCCAUAGUCUUCUACCCAUGAGAAAGGUUUUCAAUGGUACUUUUAUUGCUGCAGGGGCCUACAAUAGAGCAGAAGGCAAUAAAGCCAUCGCAAAUAAUUAUGCAGAUCUUAUUGCUUAUGGUCGUCUGUUCUUGGCCAAUCCAGAUUUGCCACGGAGGUUUGAGCUUGAUGUUCCUCUUAACAAGUAUAAUAGAGAGACAUUCUACAUAUCCGAUCCUGUUCUUGGUUACACCGACUAUCCAUUUCAUGAAUCUACCGCUUAGACCUUGGGGAUGUAUGAGUAAAGGACGCAGGAUGAUUUAUGUCAUAAUAACUGCCCAUUUCCUGAAUCCACAGCUUAGCUUUUGAAUUGGGCUUCCAAAGAGAAUAUAGAGAUGUAUUUGCUAUUAUUUCUCUUCUUGUCUGGGGAUGAAAGCAUCAGCAGAUUUGAUUGAAGUAACAUGUCAUUCAAGGUAUUUCACAUUUGGGAUUGGA